AAUUUUUUACAAUUUCUUUUUCGGUCCCUUAAUUUAAAGUCCUGCUCCAUCUCAAAUAUGAAAAGAUAACUCAUCCCCUUAUAAAAAAUUUAUAUAGAUAAUUCCAAGAAGAAUCAAAUUUCGACACUUCAAGAAAUGCUAUGCUUAUAUAUAUACUUCAUCAAGCCCUCAUUCCUUGGACUAACUCCACCACUUAUUACCAAACACCCAAAACCAAUUAAACAGCAUAUGGAUUUAACAUCAACCAUCGUAGCUUUGGUUGCACUUGCCUUUUUCCUCCAAGCAUGGCUAAGGGUUAGAAGCACAAGUAAGAAAAAUUAUAAACUACCUCCUGGUCCGAGAGGCUUUCCUAUAUUUGGCAAUCUUCAUUUAUUAGGAAAAUUUCCUCACCGUGCUCUACAUCAACUAGCACAAAAAUAUGGCCCUAUUACGCACUUGCGCUUAGGCUUAGUCACAACCAUUGUCGUCUCCUCUCCUAAUGCUGCCGAAUCAUUUCUCAAGACAAACGACAUCGUUUUCGCUAGCAGGCCACCCCACGAGUCAGCCAAAUACAUUUCUUACCAGCAAAAAAAUUUAUCGUUUGCUUCAUACGGCCCUUAUUGGCGUAACGUGCGAAAAAUGUGCACCCUUGAGUUACUAAGCAACCAUAAAAUUAAUUCUUUCAAGUUCAUUAGAAAAGAAGAGUUAGACCUUUUGAUCAAGUAUAUUAAAGAGGCUUCCUUUCAACGAGAGGCGGUCGAUCUUAGCGCUAAGGUGGCGUCCCUGAGUGCCGAUAUGUCGUGUAGGAUGGUGUUUGGGAAGAAAUAUAUGGAUGAUGAGUUUGAUGCAAGAGGGUUUAAAGUUGUGAUUCAAGAGGGUAUGAAAUUAGCAGCAGCCCCCAAUUUAGGUGACUAUAUUCCUCAAAUUGCUUGGCUUGAUCUUCAAGGUCUUACUAAGAGAAUGAAGGCUGUUAGUAAGGUGUUUGAUGGUUUUUUUGAGAAAAUUAUUGAUGAACAUAUUCAGUUUAAGGAUGAAAGUAGAACUAAGGAUUUUGUUGAUGUCAUGUUGGAAUUUGUGGGAUCUGAAGUAUCUGAAUAUCAUAUUGGUAGAGAUCACAUCAAGGCUAUAAUCUUGGACAUGCUGGCAGGGUCAAUGGACACAUCAGCUGCCGUAAUUGAGUGGGCACUCUCUGAACUACUGAAACACCCAAGAAUAAUGAAAAAAGUCCAAAAAGAACUUGAACUGAAGGUAGGCUUAAACAAAAUGGUAGAAGAAUCAGACUUAGAAAACUUAGAAUACUUAGAAAUGGUUAUAAAAGAAACAUUUAGACUGCACCCAGUUGCACCAUUACUAAUCCCUCACCAGGCAACACAAGACACCAUUGUUGAUGGCUAUCUCAUACCAAAAAAUUCACACAUAGUUAUAAACACAUGGGCAAUUGGGCGAGACCCAAGUGCUUGGACUGAUCCAGAAAGGUUCCUGCCGGAGAGAUUUGCUGGAAACAACGUAGAUUUUCGCGGCCGAGAUUUUCAGCUUUUGCCGUUUGGGUCUGGGCGUAGAGGGUGCCCUGGAAUUCAAUUAGGAGUAACUGUGGUUCGGCUUGUGUUGGCGCAGCUAGUGCAUUGCUUUGAUUGGGAGCUGCCAAAUGAUAUGUUGCCUAAUGAGUUGGAUAUGAGUGAGGAGUUCAGUUUAGUUACACCAAGGGCUAAGCAUUUACUUGCCUUACCAACUUAUCGUCUUCUUGUUUGAUUUUAUCUUUUAUGGCAUAUGUAAUGUUUUGUUAUGGAUCUUGAUUUUAAGUUUAUUAUGCCCUCUAGAAACUAAUCUUCCUUAAUUUUUUUUUGGGAGAAUUACUGUUUGUCGUUAUA